AUGUCUGUUCAAGGCAUUAAUACUAAUGAAUACAGCAAAUUGAGGAGUUAUUAUAAAUAUUAUAUCGAUUCAUAUAAUGCAAUUUAUAGGUUAAAAACGGAAAAAGAAGACGAAAUAAACUCAAUUUACGAAAUGAUCAAAACAGAAUUAAUUGAUUCAAAGAGGCAUUAUGUGCAAUCUAUUAUAAAAGGUGUUUUAAAUGUGAUUCCGUAUAAUAACCGCUAUACAAAAUCAUACUUGAAACUCGCAAAACUUAUAUAUGAUAAUAAUGAAGUGAAAGAGGUUAACAACAUCAAAAGUAUUUCGAACUUCUUGUUUUAUAAAGAAUAUGAUAUUCUACUAGAUAAGACUGAUGAUUUCAAAGAAAUAGAACUAAAUUAUAGAGAUAUUCAUUCAGAAAAUUCAAUUUACAGAGCAAUUAUGACUAAUGACUUAGGAAAAUUCAUAUAUUUCACAGAAAGAGAAGAAUUUGAUGAAGAUCAAAAACUUAAAAGCCAUUUAUAUCCAUUCUCUAAAAAAGGAUAUUCAUUACUUGAAUUAUGUUGUUACCAUGGAGCAGUCGAUUGUUUCAAGUUAUUAAGAUCAAAAUUUGAACCAAAAAUAACUGAUUUAUGUCUACAAUUAUCAUUUUUAGGAGGAAAUCAAGAGAUCAUGAGCGAAUGUUUGAAAUAUAGAAAACCAAAUUGUAAGUGCAUGGAAUAUGCAAAACCAUAUGAUAAAUGCAUGGAAUAUGCAAUUAUUUCUCACAAUAUUGAUUUUGUUACAUUCUUGAUGAAUGAAUACAAAAUAGAGAACAAUUUAUUAUUGUGUGGAAAAUAUGAUAAUCUUGAAUCAUUUUUGGUGUAUUUCGAUCAAACUAAUGAUUUUAACGAAUGUUUCAUCCAUUCAACGAUGUUUAAUAUCCCAUCAUUUUCAGAAUAUUUUUUUUAA